AUGGAGCUUAUCAGGAAGCUUGUGGACACGACGCUUUCCGUCACGCACAUGGACGUUGUUGAUGCUCUUCGAGCUUUCUUUAUCUUUGCAGCCUGCACGAUACUGUCGAUCAGCCUGCCAGAUACACUUCGCGGCCGUUUCGUGACUUAUGGUGCUCGUGCAACAUCAACAACGGUCGGGUCGAGACCCCUUGCGCCUGCCGAUGGCUCGGACAACUCUCGCGUACACCUCGCACUCGAUUACCUCGCCUCUCUGAGAGUUCCUCACAGCUACUUCACGCACUUUUAUGUUGCCUCUGUGCUUUCUUCGCUCUUUUGGGCGUUCCAAUUGCUAUCCAGAGGUUCGGCGUUUCAAGCCAUUGCGACAAGGAUAGGCCCACAACACUUGGAGAAGUCGAUGUCCAUACAUCAAGUCUUACUAUGCUGGGCAUUGAUGUUAGUACAAGGAAUUCGGCGACUGCAUGAGAGUCGCAUCUUUUUCAAGCCAUCCUCGUCCAGGAUGUGGUUUGUCCAUUGGCUUCUAGGGCUCGCCUUUUACCUCGCUGCAACGGUCGCCAUCUGGAUUGAGGGGACAGAAACUCUCAUGACCCACAAGUUGACUCUCGAUGAUGUUCAAGUAGCCACCGCUCCUACUCUUCGCACAUUCCUCUGCCUUCCAUUAUUUUUGAUCGCCUCGGGUGUUCAGCACGAUUGUCACCACUACCUCUUCUCGCUUAAGAAGUAUACCCUCCCGACUCAUCCUAUGUUUCAAAGAAUCGUAUGUCCCCAUUACACGGCCGAGUGCGUGAUAUACCUGUCGUUGGCUCUGCUGGCUGCACCGAAUGGCGAGAUGGUGAACAAGACAGUUUUGUCAUGUUUCACGUUUGUAACGGUGAAUUUGGGUGUAACCGCCGCAAUCAGCAAGCGAUGGUACAAGCAGAAGUUCGGACCGGACGCUGUCAAGGAAAGAUGGAACAUGAUUCCUGGACUCUUCUAA